AGAAAUUAUGAACCCUAACAAAGUAGGAACGUUGCCAUGAGUUGGACGGUCAUGUAACCUAAUUUUCUUUUGUUUUCAGUUUUGUUGUUAUGGAAAUCAAAGUCUUUUGAGCUAGGUUAAGGAUUUGUUUGAUGCUGAGUGUAGAGUUGAAUUUCAAUCUCCUUACAUUGUAUGGCUGGAAUUAAUUUGAAGACUCACAAAUCAGCAGAAUAUAUAUUUUAUUUGAACUAUGCGACGUCAGUGAGAUCUUAAUCAAGUAAUGAUAUAUAAUAUAUAUAUGUGUAUGUGUAUAUAGUCAAUGGGAUUCACUUCAACCAUGGAUUAAACAGUUCUAUAAUCAAGACCAUCCCCAGUUUAUUGGAUUAAGUAUGUUUUUUCAUGGAUAAAGGAUGGUGGUACUAAUUGAAACAGAUAAUUUUCAAUAAGAUAGAACUCAAGUCUUAAUCUUCGCAUGCCAAACUUUUUCAGAGUAAUUUUUGAGAACGGUAAGACAGUAACUAAUAAGGGCCAAGCAGUAACAAUUAAAAAAACACACCAAAGGGGGUAUACUAAGUUCUCUAAUUCACAUUCCCAGCGACACCGUCUUCUAACUUUUUUGGCGGGGGUUUUGGCGGGAAUUUAUCUUUCCCGCCAACGAAGCUAUUUUCUCUCUCUACCUAUGUUGGUACUAGUAUAACACUCGUAUAGCAUAAAGAUCGAUACAACUCCCUCUCCUCUCUUUCUUUCUCUCUAUUCUGCCCCAGACGGUUGGUGGUGUUGAAUCCAAACGAACAAGAAAGAUGUUUGAGCUAAGGUUGGUGCAGGGGAGUCUGCUGAAGAAGGUUCUGGAAGCGAUCAAAGACCUGGUGAACGAUGCGAACUUCGAUUGCUCAGCCACCGGAUUCUCUCUCCAAGCAAUGGAUUCGAGCCACGUGGCGCUGGUGUCCCUCCUCCUCCGAUCCGAGGGCUUCGAGCACUACCGGUGCGACCGCAACUUCACCAUGGGGAUGAAUCUCGGCAACAUGGCCAAGAUGAUCAAAUGCGCCGACAAUGAUGACAUUGUCACCAUCAAAGCCGACGACGGCAGCGAUACUGUCACCUUCAUGUUCGAAAGCCCCUCUCAAGACAAGAUUGCAGAUUUUGAGAUGAAGCUGAUGGACAUCGAUAGUGAGCAUCUUGGGAUUCCAGAAUCAGAAUAUGAAGCCAUUGUUAGGAUGCCAUCGGCUGAAUUUGCAAGGAUUGCCAAAGAUCUCAGCACCAUAGGAGAUACAGUCGUGAUAUCUGUGUCAAAGGAAGGUGUGAAGUUCUCCACUAGAGGUGAUAUUGGAACAGCAAAUAUUGUCUGCAGGCAGAAUACUUCAGUUGACAAGCCGGAAGAAGCUACCAUUAUAGAAAUGCAGGAGCCAGUUUCAUUGACCUUUGCACUGAGGUAUAUGAACUCCUUCACAAAGGCCACCCCAUUGUCAAACCAAGUUACAAUCAGCUUGUCUUCAGAUCUGCCUGUGGUGGUUGAGUAUAAAAUUGCGGAGAUGGGUUACAUCAGGUUCUAUCUGGCUCCCAAGAUAGAAGAGGAGGAUGCCGAGGCUUAUGUAGAGACCAAUACUAAGGUGGAAACCAAGACCAAGAAAGAGGCUAAGCCUAAAGCAGGGACCAAACCUAAAGUGGAGUCUAUGGCUCUGGUGAACGUAGAGCCUGAAGAAGAAACUAAGCCUCCAAUUGAAAUCACGCCCAAGACAGAAACCAACGGUGAAGUUCAAGUUAUGAACAUGGAGCCUGAAGUGGAAAGCAAACCUCUGAUUGAAACCAAGCCUAAGGCAGAGACUAAUGGUGAAGCUGAAGUUAUGGAAGUUGAGUAGUUUCGUCAUACUUGACUUUAAAUAUGAUUUAGCAUUUUGGUAGCUUAACGGCUUGAACAUAUUGGGGGUUGUAUUUUGUAUGCCAGAUUAAGUAAUGUAUGGAAAACCUUGAUA